AUGGAAUCAGCUGCAGCCAGGAUUAAAAUGCCUUGUGCUGCUUGCAGAAUCCUCCGUUGGCGAUGCAUGAAGGACUGCAUCCUUUUGCCGCACUUUCCACCCAUUGAACCAGAGAAAUUCGUAGCCGUGCACCGGGUCUUCGGUGCCAGCAACGUCUGCAAAAUGCUGCAAGAGAUUCCCAUUGCUGACAGAGAAGAUGCAGUGACCAGCAUGGUUUACGAAGCCAAGGCUCGGCUUGCAGACCCCGUCUACGGUUGCGUGGCCUUCGUAGCAUCUCUACAGCGCCAGGUGUCCCACUUGCAGUCUGAGUUGAAUGCGGCUCUAGCGGAGGCAAUGGUUCUAAGAGCCCAACUGUUGGAGGCCCUGUCCACAUGUCUAAUACACUCCCAACCACAAGAUGCUGCAAGAAUCUCAAAACAAAGGGAUCUUGAGGCGUAA